AAAAACCACCUGUGGCCCGGGGCAUUAAUUCAUGGAUUAUUGGUUAUUGAGUUCCAAUCCCAGACAGGAAUAAUCCUGGCCAUCUAACCAAAGCAGGAUUCGAAACGCUGGUGCUGGUCCGGAUCCUUCCAUUGCCACCUCUCCCUUCCAGAAUCUUUCGCGCUCGCCGAACCGAUUAUACUUGUAAUGCCGCUUUUUUUAAUGCUUGCAGUUACAAGAUGAGAAUCUCUGUUUCUCUUUUUCCCUCGACUUUCUUCUCUCAACCUGGACCGCUUUUUCCUUCCCGCCUUCGUCUCGCUUUUCGAUUCUACUCCCAUCGCCUUUUCGAUUCUACGCCGUUUGCCUUUCCAGGUGCUAAUCAGUUGCAUGCUCAAUAUUCAAUGAACACAAACCCCAAAAAUAAAGCACAUUUGCCUGACAGUUGUCAUGGGAAUAAUUCACGGACAUGGUCAUCAAUUUCUAGACGUGGGUUUAAACCUGAUAUAGCCAAGCAGAUUUUUUGUAAUCGGUCAUUGAAUAUGAAGAACAUUGUUGCUGUGGGAUUUGACAUGGAUUAUACUCUGGCACAGUACAAGCCUGAAACUUUUGAAUCUCUCGCUUAUCAAGGCACAAUUAAAAAGCUGGUUUCUGAUUUGGGAUACCCUCAAGAGUUACUAAAUUGGUCAUUUGACUGGAAGUAUAUGGUUAGAGGCUUGGUUCUUGACAAGAAAAGAGGCAACAUCUUAAAGAUGGAUCGCCACAAAUAUGUGAAAGUAGCCUAUCAUGGAUUUAAAGAAUUGUCAAAAGAAGACAAAGUUGCGAUUUAUGGAAAUACUUUAGUCCGUGAUUCUUUUGAUGAGCCUGACUAUGCUCUAAUUGAUACGCUAUUUUCACUUGCUGAAGCCUACUUGUUUGCCCAACUGGUUGAUUUUAAGGAUGAGCAUCCUGGAAAGAUUCCAGAGGGUGUUGAUUAUGCUUGUAUGUACAAAGAUGUUCGAGCUGCAGUUGAUUUGUGCCACCGAGAUGGAACAUUGAAGCAAAUGGUUGCCGAAGAUCCCAAAAGAUAUAUAAAUGGAGACAUUGGCAUUGUGCCGAUGCUUCAAUUGCUCAGAGAUUCUGGACGUGCUACAUUUUUGGUGACAAAUAGUUUAUGGGACUAUACAAACAUUGUCAUGAAUUUCCUUUGUGGAUCUAGUGAAGGAGAGGGCAGUACCAAUUUUGGCUGGCUUCAAUACUUUGAUGUUGUCAUCACUGGCAGUGCAAAGCCAAGCUUUUUUCAUGAGGAGAAUCGAGCUAACCUAUUUGAGGUUGAGCCUGGGAGUGGAAUGCUAAUUAAUACAGAUAAUGGCUCUCCCAUGCCUCAGGUGGGUAACAUCUCUGCGAGGUUAUACCCAAAAGACAAUGCCCAUGCUCCUAAAGUUUUCCAGGGAGGCAGCGUGGGCCACCUCCAUAAACUACUUUCGAUUGAAUCAAGUUCACAGGUUCUGUAUGUUGGGGAUCACAUUUAUGGAGAUAUAUUACGUAGCAAAAAGGUUCUUGGAUGGAGAACAAUGCUAGUAGUCCCAGAGCUUGAGAAGGAGGUUGAACUCCUCUGGGAAUUGAGAAAAACCCGCAAGGAGCUUCAAUCCCUGAGGAGCGUGCGUGAUCGGAUUGAGGAUAAAAUACAUCGUCUAAAGUGGUCUCUCAAAUUCGAGAAUCUUAAUUCUGAUGCUGAGCAGCAGUUGUCUUCAGAACUUUCUAGAUUGGAGCUUGAAAGAGAGAAAGCUCGAUUAAGUCAUCAAGAGGCUCAGCGAAAUUUUCACCUCAAGUUCCAUGUGCCAUGGGGCCAACUAAUGAAGACCGGUUAUCUGAGCUCUCGCUUUGCUCAUCAGGUUGAAAGAUUUGCGUGCCUCUAUACUAGCCAAGUAUCCAACUUGGGCUUGUACUCUCCAGACAAAUACUACAGGACCAGUGAAGAUUUUAUCGAGCAUGAUUUUGGAAUUUUUGUUUUUGAGCCUCGGUGAAUGGAAGAUUAGAAAAUCGUGCGCUGCAUUGCUUCUGUGGAAAGCUGCAAUCUGUUCGGCUGCCAUGUUAUACUACCCUCUUGGAGUAGCUCGUUUCAGUCGUAUUUUUUUUUUUUUUCUUUUGGACGAGUUUUAGUCGUAUUCACACCAAGUGUGGGAUGACGGCAUCAUUAAACCGGAGAUUCAGGCAUUCCAAAUCAAGCUUUUUAGCAGAUUAGGGUAUGCACAUAAAUGUUCUUCCCCUUUCUUUUAUCACCGCAUUAUAUCACAUCAACAAAAAGAAAAAAACAGAAUAAAAAAACUCUGGAAACCCUUUAUGACUUGCA